AUGCAUUUUGAUGAAUCCAAAAUAAAAUUAAUUUUAACUAAUAGUAAUAAUUAUAAAAAUAUAGAGGAAGCUUUUCAAUUUUUUUGUAAGGAAAUUAAUAGUAAAAGUGAUAAUAUAAUAUCAGAGGAAUUACUAGGAGAAAUUCUGUAUAUUGGAAUUAUAAUUAAAAAAAAUGUGAAAUCAUUGAAUAAAAAAAAUAUAAAAAAUUGGUUGGAAAAAAGUAGAAACUAUCACAUAGAUGUUGAUAUAUUACUAGUAAAUGAAAAUAAUGUGGAAAUAUCAGCACUGUCAAAUAAAUUUCAUUUAUUGCAAGAAAACUAUUUCGAGAAUGAUUUCAAAAGAACUUAUAAAAAAGUGAUAGCAAAGAGAAAACAUAGUACUUGCAAUUUACCAGAAGAUUACUUAACAAAAAAAGAAAUUGAUAAUGAAAUAUCAUGUGAUAAUGUAGGAGAUAAGGAAUAUGAUAAUGUGUUGUGUAAUUUAGAAAAAAUUCAGAAUGAUAAAAAAUUACUUCAUAAAGAAAUAAAUGAUAAAGUUUUAAUUGAUUUAGAUAACAAUAAAUAUUUAAGUAAAGAAAUAGAAAAAAUGUUCUUUUUAAAUAAUUCUUCUUAUUGUAUUGAGGGAUUAAUUUACUUAAUUGAAUUACCACUAACUAUAUCUCAAAAAUAUAUAAAUAAAAUAUUGAAUUUAAAAAUACAAUUAUUUGAAAAUACAAAAAAAGAGAAAAAUAAAAAUUUUACUUUUUUAAAUGAAAAACAUUCAAAUGAUUUAAAAAACAUAUUUGAUUCUCCACCGUUACUAUUAAAUAAUGUACAAUGGUCUUCUACUUUUACAUCUAAUGUUUUAUAUGAAAAAGAAAAAAAAAAAAAAAUGAUUAAUACAAAUGAUGAUGAAGAAAAUAACUUCUUUCUAAAUAUGUAUGAUGAAAAAAAUUAUAAAGAUAGUGAAUACAAUUUCCCUUUGAAUGUUAAUUUACAAAAUAUUUGCAAAUCAUUAAAUAAAUAUGAUGAAUUUAUGUAUAAGAGAAAUUCAAAAAGUAAUAAUAAAAGUUUAAUUUUAAAUAAAAAUAUUAUAGUAGUAAAACCGUUAAAUAUAAGAUAUAAAAUAAUUGAUCAUUAUCUUUAUUUGGAAAUUGAAAAUAUUACUAAAAAUAAUAAAAUUGAAAUAUAUGAAUUAUUUUCUAGAUCAAUUAAUAUUGAUAGUAAUAUCUUUCCUUUUUCUUUAUAUCCAGAGGAUAUGUAUUCCUUUUUUUUUCCUAUAGUAAAUUUUGUUCAAUUAUUAUCUUUUAAUAAUUUAAAAAAAAAAAAUUCAGUAGAAAGAAAAAAUAGUGAAGAGAAGAUUAAUAAUACAAAAAAUCCUAAAAUUAUAGAGAAAUAUAAAAACAAUGAUGAGAUCUUAACUUUUUAUAUUAACAAUGAUAAAACAAUCAUAUCUUUAUGUUUAAAAUGGUGUAUUGAUAAUAGUUCUAAUAACUUUAUUUGGUCUCAAUACUGUAUAGAGGUAGAAAUGCCAACCCAAAACUUAUUUAAUUUAGAAAUUUCUUUUGUUAAAGAAAUAAAUUAUUCUUCCAUUUUAAUUGCUGUUUUUUCUUUUUAUAAUAAUCAUCGUGAAGAUAUUGAUUUAGAAAUUCAAAUCCAAGAUAAUAACAAUAUUAUUAAUAAUAAAAUGCAGUCAUCUCUUAUUUCUUUCAAUUCAUUAAUUGAUGUAGGAAUAAUUAAACCUUAUGAAUGUAAAUCAGUUAACGUUAAAUUAUUAGCUAUAAUGUUAGGAUUACAUAACAUUCCGUAUGUUAAAAUUAAAAACAAGCUGACUAACAAAGUUUAUUUAGUAGACUUAGGAUCAAUUCUAGUAACAGAAUAA